GAGCCCCGGAGCCCCGGCACCCAUGCCCGAACAAAUAGUUGCUGUUGCUGGAGGUGUAGUCGGAGGGAUCCUUUUAUUUGUUCUUGCUGGAAUUACUGCAUACCUGCUCUGGAAGAAAUUUUGCCUUCUUUCUUCUUAUGAAGAGCUCAAUGGUCCUGUUACAACGACACCUGCAAAAGCCAUUUUGCAGGUUCAGUCAUCUUCUGAAACACAACCAAAAAGCACAAGAUCUAGAAGCGUUCCAUUUAUAAUUCCACCAACACUGCACAGGCGAGACUGGAUUAACUUGGUGAAUGAAGAACAGGUUCAGGAAGACAGCGAUCCCUACGUGAUCCCUCAGUCUGGGCCACGGUCAUCGUUUCAUUCUUUGGCUGGAGCUUACAUUGUAGGGACCAUUAACCCAGAACUGUACAAGUUUCCUGAAGACAAAAGUGAGACAGAUUUUCCUGAAGGCAGCAUUGGCCGUCUCUGGUUCUCCAUGGAGUAUGAGCAAGAGUCAGAAAAGCUCUUUGUUUCCUUGAUUAAAGUCAGAAAGCUGCAGCCUCCUGCCGAUUCCUGCAGUCCGUUUGUGAAAAUCUACUUGCUGCCUGAUGAAAGACGGUACCUGCAGUCCAAAACAAAACGCAAAACCCUUAACCCACAGUUUGAUGAAAACUUUGUUUUUCAGGUUUCCAGUAAAAUGUUGUUCCAAAGUACUCUGAAGUUUUUGGUUUAUCAUGUUGAUAAGCAGAAGAAGCACCACCUCCUAGGCCAAGUUACCUUUCCAUUGAAAAAUGAAACAUUAACUGCUGACAGCAAAUUAGUCGUAUGGAGAGACCUGGAGAAAGAAUACUUGGAGCCUCCUUCAGAGUUUGGUGAUAUCCAGUUCUCCCUCAGCUACAAUGACUACCUGGGCCGUCUCACUGUAGUGGUUCUGAGAGCAAAAGGAUUAAAGCUCCAGGAUGAGAGCCAUGCUGCCAGUGUAUAUGUCAAAGUUUCACUAAUGAACCAUAAUAAAUUCAUCAAAAGUAAAAAGACAGCAGCUGUUCUGGGAUCCCUCAAUCCAGUGUAUAAUGAAACCUUCAGCUUCAAAGCAGAUGAGACAGAGCUGGAUACAACAAGCCUGAGUCUAUCUGUGUUCCAGAACAUGGAGGGAGACAAAACACACCUGCUGGGGCGUGUAAUAGUUGGGCCCUUUAUGUACACUCGGGGCAAAGAACUAGAACACUGGAAUGAGAUGAUCAGCAAGCCCAAGGAGUUGGUUAAACGAUGGCAUGCUCUCUGCCACAGCAGUUAAUUAAGCAGCAUCAUUCUGAGGGAAAAACAAAAACCCCAACAACGCAUCCUCAAAAAGCAGAAGCUCUCGUUGUCUUUCAUAACUUAAUGAUAAAUGGUGCAAAACCAUGACCGUUUAAUGCUCCCAACUGGACCAGAAUAUAACAAGAAGGUAACACUUUUCCUUUCCCAAACACAAACAGAAGACAGUCGCUGGUAGGCCGGAACACUUAUCUUCCCUUUCUCUUCAAACUAUUUUUCCAGUUUAAUUAGUACAUUACAGAGCAAACAAAGCAGGAAGACAUAAACAUGAUCUCUCAGCGUUAUUUAUUUUCAACAGUGGACACAAAUGAUGCUCCAUCAUUUGGCUGGAACCCAAAAUAACCUAAUAAUUGUCAAUUAUGAUUUAAGCCCUAACUGCCCACUGCACUGCAUCACCAUGGACAGACACUGGCUUCACCAAAACGGAUGGAGGUCCACUGAGCAUGGAACUGUCAAAACACUGUCAAAGUCCAAAAUAUGUUGGCUGAUGGCUAAAUAUUUACAAUGUCUAUUUAGAAUAACAGCAUUACAUUUAAAACCUCUUUUGAAUAUGAAUGGUGGAAAACACUGAAUGGCUAUUUUUCUAACACCUAUAAGCACCUGUUCAUGCCCCUCAGCACAGCUUAUUUUUUGCAGUAAUUCAGUUAGAUGUUCUCGGAUGACCCCAACACAUAACACUUAGUUGACACUGAGGGAGAAACAGAAAAGAAGUCCUUAAGUCAGAAAUGACUCGAGGCUUGCAGGAGUAUUGGAGCACUCAGGAAAAGUGCUACUAGGUGCCUGCCCUCCCCUUAUACUUUUCCCCAAAAACAUGUUUUUGGCCUCUGCUGGAGGCAGAACAUGGGUGACAAGGACCUUAGGUUUCACCUGCUAUGCCCACUCUUACAUGGAAAAUCUGAUCAAUUAGCUUAAACCCCUAUGGCAUAAAUCUGUUUCAGCAGCAGAGUUUUCUUUAUUAAGUAAAUAACUUUUCUGUAAAAUAAUUCAGAGAAAUUAUCAUUAAUCAAAAUAAAAGAAAUAGGGCAUCCUUUUCUUCUUGACUUGAUUGUUCACUGGGGACCUGAACUCUGUACCUUUCGCACCCUGCAGUCAUAAACCAGAUAAACAGACUAUUGCAGUGGAACAUUUUGUACAAUCAUGUUCCAAAAGGACCAUAAUCUCUGCAGUUGAAAUAAAGCUGACUUCCUUUCAAACAGGAUACAAUAUUAAUUAACUCAAUAUAUUAAAAAUGAGGCUUCUCUGAGGAGAUAAGAACACUUUCCAUUUUGACAAUAUUGUUAUUUUCAAAGGAAAUACUGUGUAUGAGAAUAUAUCUGAGAGGGACUAUAAGAUAACAGACUCCACCUGAUCCCCUACAUGAGAUGUUGUAUGGUACCCUCAUUUUGUAUUGCUUACUGCACCACUGAGUUUAAUAAAGUCCAGGCUCACUACAUUUAGUUGAAUCUUACAAAAUGCUCAAACCCCAUUGGUAUCUUCUCCAAACAAAGAAUGCCAGCGUCUUCAAACCCAGAGUUGCUUUUUCAUAUUUCACUCGUCCAGGACUACUGGAAAAACAGUCUAAUAGGCAACGUAUCUGAUCUGGAAAAGAAAACUAUAUAUAAACCGUAUGCUCGCUGUUUUACUAUGAUAAAGCAAUUUUAGCAAAUACACUGCCUCUGUCUUUAUAAUUUAAACCAUAUCAACAAACAUUAAAGAACUUAAAAGUGAAUUGUUAAGAAUGCUUCAGGUAGUUUUGUUUACUAGCUUGUGCACGCAGAUGCAUGUAAUGCGCAGUGUUUAUUAACAUAAAUACCUCUGAAGUGGGGAAAAAAGGGGCUUUGUUCACUUGUCUGACUGUACAACAUACUCCAAGUAGUAAAA